AUGCCGCCCAAGUCGAUCCUCAAAAAGACUCACGCCCCCGCCCCAGAGCGCAACGGGGAGCCGGUGAACCAGCGCCACCUAGACGUGGCCCUGCACCAUGCCAACAUCCUCGAGCAGCGCAAGGCCGUCGAGGCCCAGGUGCUCGACGGCAUCCUGACCCUCAUGGAGUUUCCCUCCUCGCCACACGCCGACGCCCAGCGCCCCUCGCCCGCCGACGCGCGCGCGUUUGAAGAGACGGUGGCCGCCUUCCAGCCUGCCGACUACGAUGCGCUGAUCGAGGAGCGCAACAUCGCCGGCAAGUGCGGCUAUGCCCUGUGCCCCAAGCCCAAGGCCCGCGCCCGCUCGACGGCCAAGAAGCAGUUUGUCGACACGGACCGCGGCGUCGAGAUUGUAGACCGCAAGGUGCUCGAGGUGUGGUGCUCCGACGACUGCGCCAAGCGGGCGCUGUACGUCAAGGUGCAGCUCAACGAGGAGCCUGCCUGGCUGCGCUCGGCCGGCCACGGCGAGAAAAUGGAGCUCCUGGUGGAGAAUGCGCACGAGCUGCGUGCGACGCUGCCGGUGCGGACGAAGCCACGCGCUGCUCCCGCGCCCGCCAAGGCGCACGACGAGGACGAUGUGGACGCUGCCUGGGCUGCACACGACGAUGCCGCCGCGGAGCUGGCCCGGGAGCGGGGCGAGAAGCCAGGCGGCGUGACCAAGGCCAACGACAGUCUGGUUCGAGACACCAUCACCGAGCGGGCGUCCAGCCAGGCGCCUCCGCAGCCGCCCUCGCUGCCUGCCGGCUCGACCAUGGCCAUUGAAGGCCACAUUCCGCGCCACAAUCGGCGAGAAGAGGCGGAAGAGGCGGAAGAGGCGGAAGACGAGGAAGACGACGCGCAGGACUGGGACAAGCAUUUGCCUGGGUGA